AUGAUUGUCGGCUCCGCGCAGGAGGAGGACCACGAGAGGGGCGUGGCUCACAUCCUGGAGCACCUGGCGUUCAACGCGACAGAGAACUAUUCAAACCACCAGAUCGUGUCAUUCCUUGAGGCCAUUGGCGCCUCUUUCGGGGCCUGCCAGAACGCCUACACCAGCUCUGACGAGACGGUUUACCAGCUGACUGUUCCCACCGAGGAGUGGCGCCUGCUGGAUCAGGCCAUUGGGGUCCUGGCGGAGUGGGCGGCGCGCAUCAGGUGCGCCCCCGGUGACCUGUCUAAGGAGCGCGGCCCCGUGCUGGAGGAGUGGCGCGCCAGCCGCACCAGCGGCGGCCGCAUGCAGGAGGCGCACUGGCAGCUGAUACUGGAGGGCAGCAAGUGA